CUGACCCACUCGCGUGUCCCAGCGCGGACACCCGAGGCCCGCGAAGCCAUGGGCGCCGCGACUCUGGAGCCGCCGCCCCGCCGCAGGAAGAACAGUUUAACACCCAGAGAAGCCUAAUGGACAAGCUCCCCAGCAGAUGGUAAUGAAAAAUAAUCCAGAUGGGGUGCAGGUGUUGUAAGAUGAUACAAAGCUAUCUCUUUGAUCCAGUUCAAGUGCCCUCCCCUGGUUUUGUCAAUGAAGUAAACAACUGCAAGUUGGGGGAAGAUGACACUGUCAGACUAAAAGGUACCCAGAACAGUGAGGUUGAGGUGCCCAGGAAUGCCCUGCACGGCGGGAGCCUGAGCACAGGCAGUACAACUGGUCUACCUCACCAAGGACCGCUCCCCCAGGAGGACUCGGAAGAGAGACCCUAUGUGGAGAAGCAGGGUAUCGUCAAUGGCAUCAGCCCCACUGCUACCCUGCAGUCCGUCAGGAGUUCCAGGCUCCACCAGGUCGACAAUAGCUCCUGGGCCAGCAGCCCCUGGGUAGCCACCAUAGACAGUGCUCACCCGGCUCAACCCUUCCUCGAAGGAGAAGACUACNNGAAGCAANGCUGCCUGCUGCCCACCUUGGAAGGGACCCAGAUAGUGGGACAUGGAGACUGCAGAGCCCCUGCGGAGGCCUUGGCAGUGGCAGAUCACAUCCCAUACAUACCAGCCCCAGAUUACCCCCAGCUCUGGAGCCCCGCAGNAGACAACGNAGACCCUNNAGAAAAGGAUCNUCUUUUUGAAAACCACUCUGAGGUGGAGCCCCUUCCGGGAGUUCACCCCAGGGUGAGCCAGCAGGGCUUGAGCGUGCCCUUCUCCCUGAAGAGAAGCUGGGACUCACUGAAUGAGGCAGGGACAACAGAAGUUCUGAGUGACUCCUUCAAAGAGGAGGAUCCCACUCACCCUAUGCCAGUGGCCGAUUCUGGAAGUGAGCAGGAAGACCCCCACACCUACAAUGGGGACAGGGAGGGUGCUGUGGUAGAUGAGGAUGCUGAGGUGGCAGAAGCCCUCGCAGCAUUAGAAGCUGCUACCGCAGGAGAAGAUGCAGAUGAUGCCGAUUAG